UAAGUGCAUGUGUGUCAUGUCUGGAGCUGUGAGGAGAGCUCUCUGGAGAAGGUCUUACUACUACAGGCUGCUGGGUGGGUCCAGGCACUGGAGAGGCCGAUCACGCAGCCGCAGUCGCAAAGCCAACAGGGAGUCGCCCACCGAGCGUGUGGGCCGCAGGCGCAGCAUGCCCGGCAGCACCAUGGACAAACCUCCCCCCACCAUUGAAUCGGCAGCCUCCACACCCUUCAGAGUCACGGGCUUCCUGAGCCGGAGGCUGAAGGGCUCUAUCAAACGCACCAAGAGCCAGCCGAAGCUCGACCGCAACAGCAGCUUCCGGAACAUCCUACCGGCCUUCAAGAGCGCCGACAAUGAUAGAUCCCAUCUGAUGCCGAGGCUGAAGGAGUCACGGUCUCACGAGUCAUUGCUCAGUCCCAGCAGUGCGGUGGAAGCUUUGGAUCUCAGCAUGGAAGAGGAGGUGCUCAUCAAACCUGUGCACAGCAGCAUCCUGGGACAGGACUUCUGCUUUGAGGUAACUACAUCAACAGGAAGCAAAUGCUUCUCCUGCCGGUCAGCAGCAGAGAGAGAGAAAUGGAUGGAGAAUCUGAGGCGAGCUGUGCAUCCCAACAAGGACAACAGCCGUCGAGUGGAGAACAUGCUCAAAUGUUGGAUUAUCGAGGCCAAGGACUUGCCGGCUAAGAAAAAGUAUUUCUGCGAACUGUGUCUGGACGACACUCUUUACGCACGGACUACCUGCAAACUCAAAACGGACAAUGUUUUCUGGGGCGAACACUUUGAGUUCAACAACCUGCCGUCAGUCAAGAGCAUCACCGUGCACCUGUACAAGGAGACAGACAAAAAGAAAAAGAAGGACAAGAACAAUUACAUCGGUUUGGUGAACGUGCCCAUAGCGGUGGUGACAGGGCGGCAGUUUGUGGAGAAAUGGUACACGGUCAGCACCCCGAACCCUAAUAAGGGCAAGACGCCAGGUCCCAUGGUGCGCAUGAAGUGUCGUUACCAGAGCAUGAGCAUCCUCCCCAUGGAGCUGUACAAAGAGUUUGCAGAAUACAUCACUAAUAACUACAUGCUGCUUUGUUCCAUCCUGGAGCCGGCCCUCAGUGUCAAGAGCAAGGAGGAGAUGGCCUGCGCUUUAGUGCAUAUUCUCCAGAGCACCGGCAAGGCCAAGGAUUUCCUGACCGAUCUGAUGAUGUCAGAGGUGGAUCGGUGUGGAGACAAUGAGCACCUAAUCUUCCGGGAGAACACAUUGGCCACCAAAGCCAUUGAGGAGUAUCUCAAACUGGUGGGCCAGAAGUACCUGCAGGAUGCAUUGGGUGAGUUCAUCAAAGCUCUCUAUGAGUCAGAUGAAAACUGUGAAGUGGAUCCAUCGAAGUGUUCCUCCAGUGACCUGCCCGAGCACCAAGGCAACCUAAAAAUGUGCUGUGAGCUCGCGUUCUGCAAGAUCAUCAACUCUUACUGUGUGUUCCCGCGUGAGCUGAAGGAGGUGUUUGCGUCGUGGCGGCAGGAGUGUGGUAACCGGGGGCGCCCCGACAUCAGUGAGCGCCUCAUAAGCGCCUCCCUCUUCCUGCGAUUCCUCUGUCCCGCCAUCAUGUCCCCCUCACUCUUCGACCUCAUGCAGGAGUAUCCAGAUGACCGUACUGCGCGCACACUCACACUCAUCGCCAAGGUCACACAGAACCUCGCCAACUUCACCAAGUUUGGCAGUAAAGAGGAGUACAUGUCCUUCAUGAACCAGUUCCUGGAGCAUGAGUGGACCAACAUGCAGCGCUUCCUGCUUGAGAUCUCCAACCCAGAGACCAUCUCCAACACUGCUGGCUUUGAGGGCUACAUCGACCUGGGCCGCGAACUCUCCACCUUGCACUCUCUAUUAUCAGAGGCCGUAACCCAGCUUGACCAGAGCACGGCCACUAAGCUGGGGCCGCUGGUGCGGAUCCUGAGGGACGUGAAUGUGGCCCUGACUAACCCCACAGGGGCUCCGGUGGCGUCCCCCACAGAGCGGGUGGGAUCACCUAGCCUACCCAGCUGCAGCGUCUCCACCGGCCUGCAGAAACUCGUCAUGGACACUGAGCUCACUGGGUUGGUGGAUUUCACCAGGCUGCCCUCUCCGACCCCUGAAAACAAGGAUUUGUUCUUCGUUACAAGGAAUUCAGUCAUUCAACCUUCGCCCGCCCGCAGCUCCAGUUACUCAGAGGCCAACGAGCCAGAUGUGCAGCUCCCUAACGGCAGCAAAAGCCUGUCCAUGGUGGACCUGCAGGACAGCCGUAGCCUGGAGAGCGGCCCCUGCACCUCGUCCAGCGACCCUGCUAAUGACCUCCAAGGCAGCGGGGUGUGGAACGCCCCUACCCUUAAAGGCAACAUGGCUGCUGGGCCCACUCUGAGGAAAACGGGCCAGACACCCACCACCCCGAGCACAGAGACUGUCCCGGGACGGCCCCAGCUGCUGGCCCCCCUCUCCUUCCAGAACCCAGUAUACCAGAUGGCGGCCGGUCUGCCGGUGUCGCCCCGAGGGGGCGGAGCAGCUGAUUCAGGCUCAGAAUGCCACAGCUCCAUCAGCUCCCAGGGCAACGUGGAGGACUCAGCAACUACGGGGGCCAAGCACCAGUUUGUUUCCCAAGGCAGCACAGGUGCGGCAGCUGGCGGAGGUGGUGGCAGCAGCAGUGAUGAGUUUGUAAGACGCUCAGGGGAGUUCACGCGAAGGCAGCUGUCACUCACUGAGACGCAGCACCAGGCCAAUGUGCCAAGGCAGAACAGUGCCGGCCCACAGAGGAGGAUAGACCAACCUCCUCCGCCCACCAUCACACGAGGACGCACCCCUCCCAGCAUGCUUAACACCGCCCCCUACCCACGGCCCUCCAGCGGCAGCAUGAUGUCGUCAUCACCCGACUGGCCCAGCGGCGGUGCCCGGCUGAGACAGCAGUCCUCCUCCUCUAAAGGGGACAGCCCAGAGACCAAACAACGCACCCUGCACAAACAGGCCCCGUCUCCAGUGAAUCCCGGUGCUCUGGACCGCACUGCUGCCUGGUUGCUAAAUAUGAAUGUGCAGUAUCUGGAGCAGGAGGGAAUUGACCCAGAUUCCAGACACAGGGAGGACCUCCCAAACAAGGACGAGCUCACACAGACUGAAAAGUAUCAGCAGGAGAUAGCUAUGCUGCAGGACCGCCUGCGUCUGUCUGCAAAAAAGCUGGAGGACUAUGAGGUACGUCUGCAGGGUCAGGAUGAGCAGACCCAGAAGAUGCUACUGGAGUACCAGGCUCGGCUGGAGGACGCAGAGGACCGUCUGCGCAGGCAGCAGGAGGACAAAGAGCUGCAGAUGAAGAGCAUCAUCACCAGGUUAAUGUCAGUUGAGGAGGAGCUGAAGAAAGACCAUGCAGAUAUGCAGGCCAUCGUCGACUCUAAACAGAAAAUCAUCGAAGCCCAGGAGAAGCGCAUAGCGUCUCUGGAUGCGGCUAACGCUCGGUUGAUGAGUGCGCUGUCUCAGCUGAAGGAGCGCUACAGCAUGCAGACGCGCAACGGCAUCUCGCCCACCAACCCCAGCAAGCUGCAGAUCACAGAGAACGGCGAGUUCCGCAACAGCAGCAACUGCUAGCAAGGCCACAACACCCUGCGAGGGACAAGGGCUAUGGGUAAAACCACCAGUGGAAAAACAAUCACUCUCUCUGGACUUUAACAACUUUAACUCGAUUAAAAAAAAACACUUGUUCUUGAAGCUAUUAGAAGUCAUUCUUAUUAAGUGUGAAAUGUAAAAUCUUAUGUAAAUGGCUAUAGAUUUCAUAAUCGCUUUGACAGAUGAAUUUGAUCUUGGUCUUAGUAAACAGAAUGGAGUGAAAUACAAAUAACCUGAGAAACUAGGUCUAUGACGUUUAGCUACUGCGUCAACUCUGUUUUUAAGUAGACAUGAUGUCACUUGUAUGGUUUGUUGAGUUGUGUCUGUUUUUAGAUGAACAAGCCAAGCAAAGAUGUCAAAUCAGAUGGAUCCCAUUACGCGCGUUCAUAGCCCUUGUCACUAAGGACACUGAACUUAACGUGUUCAUAAAAAAUGUGCAUAUUUGCUUUUCAUUUCACAUUUAAAGUUUACUAGUUAGCAGCAUGUUGAUAAUACAAAUGUAUAUCAUUAUUUGUCAGAGCACUUUUUUUAAGUGUUUUAUGAUUUUGCAUAUUUUCUGGUAGGCAAGAAUCACUAAAGGCAAGCUGUUCCUUUUUGAUACAUUUGUACAUUUUCCUGUAUACAUUUUUCUUUUCUUGCCUAAAACCUCUUUUUUUGCAUGUCUCGAGUCAGACCAGGGCUAGCAGUAGCACAAAAAGCUCUCUUUGUUACAAAACUGCUCAUGGUAAUGAGAGACCUUUCAAAUCCACGUUUGCAUUUGUUGCAUACUUUCUGUAUGUGCGUACAUAUUAGUCUAAUUAGAGGUGGUUCGCCUCAUUGAUGUACAUAAAACAUUCACGUUGUCCUUUUUGUUUUUUAAACUGUCUCUUGAGAGAAGAGAGGUAAACGAAAGGCUUUUUGUACAGUGUAUAUUCCUAUUUGCCGUGUUCAGUUCCGCAGUGCUGUAUUAGAAGUCUAAACUGUUGAGCUAUUAAUUCAGGUGCUGCUUCUAGGCACGACAGCGCUCGCUGCACACCCUGAACCUCCGCAGGUUUUCCUCCUUCAUGAUCCGGCUCUCCAGCUGUGCUGUGGCGUGGGUAGAUAAAUGCUUACUGAUGCUGCUUGUCGUUCUCGUGUAGGGCGGAGGUUUCCUCCAGAAAAAAAUACCCCAAACUCAUUGGCGUCUGGCCCUCUCCGUCUGGCUCUAUGCACUUUCUAGCAGUAGAAUGCACUCCGUAACCAAAACCCGCAUAUAUGGACUCAUAAUAAAGGCUAUCUGCUCACAGAGACAUAUUAAACAUGUACAGCGUUGGUCAGUCCUAUAGAAUAAUAUAUAGAAUAGCGUGGAAGCGAGGAUGCUGAAGGUACAGGUACAGGUUGCAUUCUUCACUUUUCCUCCACAGCACCUGUUCUCAGGGCAGCCAUAGCAGUUAACACAGCAUGACUCUAAUUAACCCAUCUAUUCUCUGCCCACAAACACGUUCUUUCAUAGCGACUUCUGCUUGGUUGAACACGCUUUACGGAACAGUGGCAUAAAUCUUAUUCAACCUAUUAGAAACUGAAAUCAGUUUACAUCUGAAAACUUAAAUCAUUCACAUUGGAGCUUUACAGUGUUUGUUUAGUGAUGCUACAUUUGACACCAUGCUAACAUUAGUCUGAUUAUACUCACCAUUUCUGAACUUUUGGGGGCCUUAAGAGGGGCCCAUAAUCAUGCUACGACAUUUUGGUACUGGUGUAGCAGCAGCAUUUAAAUACAGUGUGAUUAUACUUACCUGAUUCAUGUUAUUUAAAUUGCAACACAGAUCUGCCAAAAUCAAAACAAUAAAUUGGCCGAUUGCCGAUUUUGUGUUCUGGGCAAAAACCAGCUGAUUCCAGUCUUGGCUAGUUCUGACUCUAAUAUUUUGUAUGCAAAAAUAAAAGGCAAUUAACUUUUUCAUAUUGAUUAGGAAAGUUUAAUAAAGGCUAACACAGUAAAGGUAAACACAGUGAAGUAAUUGCGUAAAAAGGAAACUGGAAUGCUUAAACAGCUGAACUGAACUGUCUACAGAAAUAAAAUAAAAUAAAUACAAAUAAAAUACAUUACAAUGUAAUUUCUGCUUUUUUGAUAUUUUUUUAAGUCACCAGCAGUGUCUUCCUAAAGUAUUUGUUCUGUCAGCAUAUCGUCACUGUCAGGACAAAACCUUGCAACACGAAGCUGUGUGUGAACAUUUCAUAAUAAAUAGACCGAUAGAAAUGGUACAAAAUUACUUUCAUUAAAUGAUGUUAAAUUAACAUACAUUAAAAGUUAAGGUGAUUUUUCCUUCUGCUGAAAAGUUACCAUUCUGUAGAUAUUUUAACUGGAGAGGUUUUUGCCUGACAGUGUCAAGAGUAUCUAUCAAUAUUUAUUUAUAUCGCUGCUGUCAGAACAAAACUUUACAGCUCCAUAAUUAUAACUUUAAAGGAGAAGGAAAAAAACAUACUGUACAUUUAAUGUAAGUCAAUGGAGGCAGACUUUUUUUUUUAAGUAUAUUUUGGAGAUAUGGGAUUUUUUUCUAACAGCAGUGAGAUAUAUAGACAGAUGAUAGAUGUAUAAAAUAGGCUUUAGGUACUUUGUAGCGGUCUGAUGUGAAUAAUGUAGGUUUCUCAUUAGGCUAAAUAUAAUCUUUGCCAAUGUUCUGUUAAGCUUGUCCAACAUACCAACAAUUGCUAUGAUGCAACAAAUUUGAGGGCGGAGCUUGGACAGGUCAAUUCCACAAUUCCGUCUAGCCUGCUGAGAAGGCUCCUCCUCUCUGGAGAUGCACACUACUUUUUUGCAAGCAUUAAUAAAUCGUCUCCCGCCGUGUUGACUUUUCAAGCUGAGGUGAACUGGGAUUUGUGUCAGGUUUUAUAGAAGAUGGUUUAAGGCUGACAGUUCAGUCAUGCUAUUUUAAACAUUCAGCUGUGGGAGGGAGAAAACGAUUGUGAGAGAGAAAAAAAAGCUUGUGUGUUUGGUUUGGCUGAAAGCUUCAUACGGGCCAGGUUACCGUUACUCCAUAUCUUACAGUUCUUGGAAUUUGUUUGAAUUUGUUUUUUGCUCCCAACUUGUAAUUGUGAAUUUAUUUUUAAUUUAUGUUUUAAAUUAUGUCCAGAUCAUUUAUUUAUUCCAGUGUAUAUUUUGUCCACCUAUCCUGAGUGUGAGAGUGUCGAUUGAGCUGAAUGCUGGAUGUUGAAAAAGUGCAGAGAGGAUUCUCAGUACUGCAGGACUAGAGUUCUGAUUAAAGUGGUCUUAAUGUGCUCCUUCCAUUAAACCUCUAAUUCCGAAUAUUUUGUUUACAGAGAAUAUGAAUUGUGUUAUAUAUAAACCUAUAAAGCGUUGCACAUGAGCUUCCUCUGUCCUCUUUAUCUGUUGAAGGCAAUAGUACUGCACAUACAUGCCAUAAAGCUCCAGGAUUACAGUAAUACGCUUCUCCCACCGUGUGAGGAGCACACUCUGCUGGGCUCUGUCACACUGGGUGAGGCAACAAUCACCUUCUCCUUUUUUCCCCUUCGGCAUGCAAAAAAUCUCAGCAUUGUUUUCUAACAUCCCACAGAUCCUCCUUUUGUAUGUAUGUUUAAAAGUAAUGUUUGCAAGUUUGCUUCAUGUAAAUAUGUCAAGAAAAACAUAAAAAACAUACCAAUAUAUGGAGAGUCAUUUGUGUUAAAGAGAAUGUUCUGUGCAAUUAAUGUACAAUUGCCACUAGAAUUAUUAAAGUUUUAUUUAGCUAUUUCAA